GUCUGCUGGGCUUCCUGCACACCUGUGUAUUCUCACUGAGCAGCAUGAAAGCAUUUUGGCAAGCACCACAGAUGCUGCAGUUCCAGCUGGUGGUGGUGCAUUUGGCCCUUGUGAUUGCCCUGCUGUGGUGGAACUCCAGCUCUGUGCUCCUUGCACAGGCAGCUCCAGAGCCUCUGGAGCCUUCUGCUGCUCUGGAUGUGGGAGACCAUCCCAUUGCCAGUGAAGAGAAGUCAGCCACCAACCUGGCAGCCAAACUGUUCCUUCUCAAUGACUUGGUGUCUCUGGAGAACGAGGUGACUGAGACCAAGAAGAAAAGAAGCUUCCCAGGAUUUGGCUCCCCCAUUGACAGAAUUUCUUCAUCCUCUCUGGAUACUAAAGGCAAACAGAGGAAAGUGCUGGAGCUGCCUAAGAGAAGGUUUGGAGUUCCUCUGGACCGGAUUGGAGUGAGCCACCUCGGUGACACCAGGGGUUAGCAGCUCCUGCAGAUGCUUCUAUUCUGAAUGAGUGGUGCUGUAUUGGAAACACUACAGAGUUUUGGAAGAUGCCUCACAGCAUGCCUUGUCGUUGCCUAAUGAUACAGCACUCAAGGAAUUGAACUCCUGCAAAAUCUAUUUCAAGCUGCAUUUUACAAAAUUGCAUUUACAAAUAAUAACAUGUUCAGUUCAUCAGGUCAGAAUGCUCACAGCUGUGCACAGUGUCACUGGUAGGAGGGAACAGAGAAUAUGUAUAUAUUUGUAUUGCAUGGCAUUUAUCUGUUAAACUUGCAGAAUUUUAAUAUCCUAAGCAGGACUGAGGUUUUUUUGGAUUGAAAAUAAAACUUCCAGAGAUGCCAACAGCAGUCCAUGAAAAGCAGAGAGUUUGCUUUGCACAUUUCUUUCUGGAGGAGAGCUGAUCAGUAGAUGAAGGGAGGAUAUAGCAGUUAUGGGACAAAGCUAGAAUGCUUUUGAACUGUGUUUGGGAGGAGAUGUUUUCUGCCUUCACUGGGAGUUACUCUGAAUAAGAGCAGUGACAAGACCUUAGUAUUUGUCCUAGUGUUUUGAGUAGUCUCUUUCUUAUCUCUGCAACAUAUUUAGACAUGUUUUCAUCCUAUGGCAGAUCCUGAAAUGUAGUGAGACUUUCAUGUGAUGAAUACAUUUCCCUCCUCCCUAUGGAUUACAUAGGAUAGUGUCCAAAUAUGAGGUCA